CGCCGCUUGAGCUUGACCGCACGGAAAGCGUACCGUCGCAACGUUCAGCGGAACCAGCAGUUCUCUUCAACACCCUCGACGCGAUAUACUGGGUGCUCGCUGUAUCUGACAACCACGAUAAUAUGCCACCGUCUGGAAGCGGAGAUGCGCCUAUCAACGUAAAGCUCCUCCUCAUCGGCAACUCGUCCGUCGGGAAGAGUAGCUUUCUCUUGCGGUUCUCGGAUGAACAGUGGCUGCCAGAGGAAGAGGCAAGCGCGACCAUUGGAGUAGACUUCCGAGUGCAUAAGAUGGAGGUCAAGGGCAAGAAGGUUAAACUCAGCAUAUGGGAUACAGCUGGCCAAGAACGAUUCCGUACCAUCACAUCGUCGUACUAUCGCGGAGCGCAGGGCAUAAUACUCAUGUACGAUGUCUCAAAUCGCGAGUCUUUCGACGCCUUGCCCCGGUGGUUCUCCGAGCUCGAGACGUACGUCUCGCCAUCGGUCGCGAAGAUCAUCGUGGGCAACAAAGUCGAUAAGGAGUUCUCUCGCCAAGUGGCCACCGGCGAAGGCGCCGCUUUUGCUCAGCGGAUGGAUUCGUUGUUCAUCGAGGCUUCUGCCAAGACCGCCGUCGGCGUCUCGGAGGCGUUCGAGGAGCUCGUGGAGCGUAUUAUGGACACCCCGGAGCUCUGGGCAGCCCGUGAGUCUCUCAGAAUUCACAGCCCGAUCGCCUGGCGAGUACUCGAGCCUGCACUGAUCGUCCCCGCACAGCGAAACCGAAACCGUCCGCGGAUUCCAGGACGAAACGCGCCGAGGGCGGUCAAGGGCCGAGCAUGCCUGGAGGUGGCAAUGUCACGCUCAGCGGGGGCGAUGGAGAGUGGAGCCAGGAAUCGGGAGGCUGCGCUUGCUGAUCCCGCCGUUGACCAAACCGCUGCCGGUGCUUCUAGAGCCGGAUUCUCUUUCUAGCUCAGUGUCGCACCGAUUAUGACAUGCAUGCAUUGACGAUUCACGAUCCUCUUAUCAUACAGCGUACUUAUAUUAUACCCCAUCCGACGCUGUCUUGCUGUUUUAGUACGAAUCGAUACGUGGAUAAUCAUACAU